AUAAGACCGUUGUCGGUCAAUGUGGUCGUAUCAUAUCUCGUCCAUGGGUUUAAGACUUUUCGGCUACAAGAAAAGAAUAACAUCGUGCAUAGAAGAAAAUAGAUAGUGUUUCGCUUAUGGUUCCCCAAGGGAGCGGAUUUUUUUCAUUUCCUAUACUUUGUGCCGGAGGCCCCGAGGCUAGUCUUCAUCGGUCAGCUUAUAAGGAUAGACGAGCUUGCGCAACAGGCUCACGUGCGCGGUGGUCGUUUGGCUCGCCCGUUUAACCGCGGCGCAGAAACUUAGUCAAGGCGAAGUCAACUGGAGAACGCGUGGAAUAUCACCGGACCACAAGUAAGCUCGAACAACCGGAGACGGAAGAGAAACCGGGGGCUCCGGAUGAGGCGGCGGUCAGAGUUUAGAUCAACUAGUUGGACUAGCAGCUGUUGUCUCCUUCAUGCACAAGUAUCAGGCUAACUCUGUGUCUAGACGAAAGGUCAAACUAAAUUCAAGCUUGCCCUUUUUUAGUUUUUUUCUCUCUCUAUUUAGUUGUUAGGUCAUGGUUACAGGAUAAGUAGUGGAAAUAGGCGUUUUCACACUACCAAAGCGUCCAAACUGCAGUAUUGUCGCUUUUUUAGUCAAGCACUUUUCAAUUAGGAUCUUGCAAAUCAAGGUCGGCCAUAGCUCAGGAUCCUGGAGAAAAAAAGUUUUUAGAUUGCACAGAGCGAUAAUCACAGAUCAAAAAGGGGAAAAAUUUUUUCUUGCAGCGUACGAGGAG